AGAGGCUAUAUGUGUUGGAUGUCAUCAACGUCACUAUUUAUUGGCGGGAAAACGUGUUGAAUAGAGAAAAGGGAACCGGACUUGGAUUGUGUUUGAGUCCCCGAGAAACCACAGAGAAUAAAGGAAAAGAGAGAGAGAGACGUAGGAACGAACCAAACCUCCUGCUGAGAAUUAGGAAAAGAGGAACAAAAGCCCAGUCGAAGUCGGAAGUUGUUUGUGUGAAAGAACCGAGCAGGACCAGCAAUGUCUUCUGUCGCAGAACCCUCCAGCUCCGCUGCCAGUGGCUCUCCGAGUAAAGAAAGAGUUGAGGUGAUGUCAAAAGCUGUGAACUUGAUGGGCCAAGGUAAAAGAAAUCUAAUCUGUGGAGAUGUUCCAAUGGCUGUCACCCAGUUUGAAGAAUCUUGUCAAAUUCUGGCCAAGUGCUAUGGGGAGAUGGCAUUUGAAUGUGCUGCUGCCUACUUCUCUUAUGGUCAUGCCUUGCUAGAAUUGGCCAGGCUAGACUCGAAAGUCAUUGAAAGUCUUGAAGCUGAAGCAGCUGCUGCUGAAGAGGAGGAAGACGACGAUGAUGAUGAUGAAGAGGAAGGAGAUGAUGGAGAAAAUGAGAAAUCAGAAAAAGAUUCAGAAAAAGAUGAUGGUGCUUCUUCUAAAGCUGCUUCCAAAGAGGAUGAAGGAACUGGAGAUGAAGAUCGGACAGACAAUUCAGAGUCUCUUUCCUCACAAGAUGAGGCAGUUGAAAACCAGGAGAAACCAGAAGAAAAGGAUCCAGAUGAAGAUGAACAUGAUGCUGGUAAUGAUGUUACAAAUCUCCAAUUGGCCUGGGAGAGUCUGGAACUUGCUAAAAUAAUAUAUUUAAAGAGAAAAGAUAAAGAAUCCCAAUUGAAGGCAGCACAAGCCUACUUAAAGCUGGGCGAAGUCGGUUUGGAAACUGGUCUCUAUGAUUUGGCAGUGGAAGAUAUCAAAGAAUGUCUUAAAAUUCAGAAAGAACAUUUAAAUCCAGAGGAAAGAGAAAUAGCUGAAACUUAUUACCAAUUGGGGUUAGUCCAUGUGUUUGCUAGUAACCAUGAUUCUGCAGUAGAGAAUUUCAAAGCAGCAAUUUCGGUUAUAGAAGCCAAAAUAGAUAAAUUAAAUAAAUCUAUAGAACAUUUAAAAGACAGCACAGAAACUGCAGAUGUUGAAACCGUAUACAAUGCUCGGACAGAAAUCAAAGAAUUAGAAGAAAUAGUCCCAGAUAUCACACAAAAGAUUACAGAUACAAUUGAAGAAAAGAAAACGGUUGCAGAUUUGAAGGCUUUUGCUAAAAAAGAGGCUGCAGAAAAAAUGAUGUCUUCUUCUCUGAUGGGUGCUGGUAGCUCUUCAGGUUUUGCUGGUCCCAGCAGCAGCAGCAGCAGCGGCGGCAGCAGUGGUGGUGCUGGUGGAGACGUUUUAGGGAGCACAACAGGCUUCAGCAGUAUCCUCCCUGUAGACCCCAAAUCUUCUUCACAGCCUGUGAAAACGACAGAUAUAUCUCACCUUGUACGAAGAAAGCGAAAACCAGAAACAGAAGAGAGCUCAGAGGACAAAAAACAGAAAACUGAAAGUUCGGUUGAUAACACAUCGUCGUCAUCAUCAUCAAAAGCUGAACAGAAAGAUUCCAACAGUGACCUUGCCCCAAGCAAUAAGGAACCUGCUACAGAAGAGUCAAAGAAGCCUGGAGCCACUAGUACAUCUUCUACAGCUUAGUGAAUCCUCAUCUCUUGUAUUUUAUUAUUCUUCCUUCCCAAGGGGCAAGAACAUUGACUCUUGUCAUGUCAGACAGUAUCUCUCCUUUUUACACAACACAUUUUUUCCCCAACCCCUUCUGAAACAAUUUCAAAAGUGAGAUCCCAAUUCACAAUCAUGUCUUUGUCAUUACAAUCCAACAAACCCAUUUUCUUGCAGGAUUUUUUAAAAUGAUUCUUUAGAUAAUAAAUGUACAUUCUUUUUUGCAAAACUUUUUAACCCUU